CUUCCUUCUGCUCUUCUCUUCCCAGCUACUGGUCCUCAGCUGCCGGUGGAUCCUCCCAGCCCUGCUCUGCUGAGGCUCCCAGAGGACAGCAGCAGGCAGGAUGACCCAAAACAUGGUGACCAUGAAUGGAGUUGAUGUGGUCUCUACACUGUCCCAGCCCAGCCACAUCAACAUCCACAUCCACCAGGAAUCAGCUUUGGCACAAUUGUUAAAAGCUGGGGCUUCCCUGAAGGAGAUCUUUUCUCGCCCUUGGGACACUGGCCCUUCCGAGGCCAGGAUGAGCUAUGGGCAGCUGGUAUUGGGGGUGAUCCAGAUAUUGCUGGGGGCUGUGAGCUGUGUUCUCGGAGGGUUGCUCUGCUUCGGGCCCUGGACAGAGCUGCGUGCCUCAGGCUGCGCCUUCUGGGCAGGGUCUGUGGUGACUGUUGUAGCAGGAGCUGGGGCCAUUAUCCAUGAGAAGCACCGGGCAAACUCUCAGUGAGUCUUGGGUGGCUGUGCAUCAGGUCUGCUCACGCUGGCUGGCAUCUCCACAGCCGUGGUUGCUGUUGUCCUCUGUGUGAACAGCUUAACCUCGCCAAGUGAUGGCUUCCUUUACAUCGACUCUGUGUGUGAGUCCCCAGAACCUGCCACCCUGACCACUGGGUACAAUGAGACGUGGCAAAGGAGUCGCAUGUCACGGUGGAAUGAGGAUAGGUGCAGAACCUACAUGCAAAUGCUGAUGAAUUUGUUCCUAGGCAUCCAUGCUCUGCUCCUGGCUGUCUGUGUCCUGCAGGUCAUCAUAUCCUUGGCUUCCCUGGGCAUGGGUCUUCGAAGCUUGUGUGGCCAGAGCUCCCGGCCCCUGGAUAAGUAAGGGUCCGAGAAAAAGCUACUGGGGGAGUCAAUGCCUCCCUCCCCCUCCAAGGAGAAGACUGUGGCUGCCAUCAUCCUGUGAGCCCUGCAGACCCUGCCUGGGCCUCCACAUGCCCCCGGCCAGAGCAACCCAGGGCCUCUGGAGAGGCCAGCAUCCCUUCCCCAGGGCCCCUCACUGCCCUGUCCCUCACACUUGCCUCUCCUUUGGCCACUUGUCCCGGCCUCCUCCUCUUCCCACUGUUCCUACUCCAGUGGCCUCAAUUCAAGGAACAGGGGCUGUCGCUUUUCUCUAAUGCCGAUUAAACAGAAACAACAGGAAAAUAAUUUUGC